AUAUGUGUGUGUGUGUAUAUAUAUCUCAAUUUACCUAAUUGUGGGAUCCCGAUCAAAACCAAGACUGGAUUACAAUCUAAUUAGAAUUAAUCCCCCACCUUUAAAGAAACCAUUUUAUCCAAUUUAAUAGCCUAUAACUGAAGCACAGUCAUAUUUCUUUUGAACUGUUAUUGCUGUUGUUUUUUCCCACCAAAAAUGCACUUCCUGGUCCUGGAAGAUUAUGUCAUUCGGCAAAUGGCUUUUGUUUUGCACAAGAAUGCAAGCAAAAUAAAGAUGUUUAUUUAUCUGAACGGAGUGUGCCUGAGAGGCAUGCGCAUGCAGCUACACUACAGCCCGGGCAAGUGUCGGAUCAUUAGUUUCCAUGACAACAACGUCAGCCGGUCGAAAUGUCAAACAGGUAUGAUGACUCACAAUGAGGAAUAAACGCGGUUAAAUGGCCGGAAUGAUGCACGGGAGAAACACACAGAGGUUUGGGCAGCAAAAAAGGAGUUAAAUCUACUGACGUAAACAGCAUCGUUUAGCCGAAAGGCUCCAGGACGCGCGUCUGACGCUUUGAUUGAGGUGUGAUUCCCGCCGCGUCCCGCGUCUUUCCGACCCCGCACCCGCCCAUAGGUUCUGGAUGAGAGCAAUUAAAGCAUUACAUCACCGGAACCGUACGGUUAAUUAUUUACUCAGCGUGCACGGAGGCUACGCGUUUUUUUUUUAAAGGCCAGACAAAAGAUGUCCGGGUUUAACGGCUUUGCCUGACGGGAUAAAGAGAAGAAAAAAACUGUUCGCGUGACCGGCUCGCGUUCAUUGUGUGGAGGAUGUGAAGCAGCGCGAGAUGCCAUGGCAGCGGCGGAUGCAGCAGCAGCAGCUAACGGGCCGGAGCCUCCCGGUGUUCCGGUGCCCAAGGCGUUUCCCUACGAGGAAUACGAGUGCAAAAUCUGUUACAACUUUUUCGACCUCGACCGUCGGGCGCCCAAGAUCUUGGAGUGUCUGCACACGUUUUGCGAGGAGUGUCUGCACGCGUUGCAGCUGUGCGAGGAGCGACCGUGGCGCAUCAGCUGCCCCGUGUGCCGCCACCGCACGCCGGUACCGGACUACCGGAUCCAGAACCUGCCUAACAACACCAAGGUCACGGAGGACUUCCCUCUGUACAUCGACUCGGACCCCGUGCCUCAGGAUGCUCUGCCGCCCCACCGGCCUCCGCUGCACCCGGCGCUCGUGGCGCUCCGGCGCGAGGAGGACGCGUCCAUGGCCGGUCACGCGACGCCGUCCACCACGACGGUGUCCACCGCCACCACGCUCUCCCAGGACUCGGUCUCGCGCUACGAGAGCUGCCAAAACUGCAGGCGUCUCGCGCUGACCACCGGAUGCGUGUGCGUCAUCUUCUCGUUACUGUCCAUGCUAGUGCUGCUCUUCAUGGGCCUCAUUUUCGUUCACAGCCACGGCGGACCGCCCUCGCCCGCGGGACCCCUCUGUCUUUCGGUGGCCAGCAUCCUCGCCAUGGUGUCGGCGAUGGUAACGUGGCUCCUCUACUGGCUUAAAGACCGACCGGAGAACGAGACCGGCCGCUCCUCGGCCACCACUAACGCGAGCCGGAGAAACGCAUGACAGGGUCGUAUGACAAGCCCUUAAAGCAUUUAUUAGUUAGUCUCUUUUCAUGUUACUAGUACUAUCUGUAUCUUUGGUUGCGCUUUAUUUUAAGGUGUCCUCGUUAGAGCGCGAUCAUAAAGUACUGAACGAUAUAUGUAUUAGCUAUAAGUGACCCUGGACCACAAAACCAGUCAUAAGGCUCGGGUUUUUUAAAUUGAAAUAUAUAUAGCAUCUGACACGAAUAAGCAUUCCACUGAUGUAUGGUUUGUUGGGCUAAGAUACAAAAAAAUAAAAAUACUGUGAAAUCUGCCUUUUAAAAUGGUCCAAAUUAAGUUCUUAGCAAUGCAUAUUACUAAAAAGAAAUUAGGUUUUGAUGUAUUUGAGAUAGGAAAUGUAGAAAAAAUGUAGUUUACUUAAUUAUUUAAACCCAUAUAACGGUAUCCUUGGUUAUUGUUAUAAAUACACCUGUGCUACUUAUGACUGGUUUUGUGGUACAAAGUCACAUGGUUAGGGGUUUGUCUUCAUAAAAUGAUGCAUAAUUAAUUCUUAUUAUAAUAGUAUAAGUACAUGCAACACCUUAAAAUAAAGUGUCACUGUAUAUUUUACAUAGCUGAACAAGUAAUUAUUUAUUAGGUAGGCUAGAUGCUUGUAUCAGUCCCAGUAUACUGGAAAAAAAAAAUUAGGCUACUCUGAAACAAUUUUCACUCCAAUAAGGCUCACAAUUACAAACAAACCUCAAGUAAAUAAAAUUUUGGAAGCUUUUUUUUUUUGCAAAACACACGCCAACUUCUCCGUGUUGCUUAUAUUUGUAUAAUAAUAAUGUAUUGACCAAUUGUUAACGUUAGUUUAUGCGUUAGGCCAGCUAACAAUGAGCAAUGCAUUUGUCACAGUAUUUAUUAGAGUUAGUUAAAAUAAAUAUAUUUUAUUAAAAUAAAUUAAAUAAAACCUUUCGCUCUUAGUUCUGGUUAAUUCCGCUCCGUAAAGCUAAUAUAAACUUUUGAUUUUAAUAGCACAUUCGUAUCUGUUGAAAUUAACAUUAACUAAGAUUAAUAAAUGCUUCAUAAGUGUUUUUCAUUGUAAGCUUAAUACCUGUGUAUUUAACUAAUGUUAACAAGUGGAACCUUAUUGUAAAGUGUUGCCAGUUUACUUGGAAUUGACACUAGCGUCUAUUCACUUAGUACUAGGGAAACUGUAAAAAAAACCUCUUUAAAUAUCAAUUUCAAUAACUAAGUGACUUAGUGCAUACAGAAGUACUAGUAUCUAAUGGGUCGUUAUCAGAUCACUUAAUAGUACAGGCCAGUGUUUCCCGACGAGGAGUAUGGGUGCAAAACCUGACCGCCUUUUCAACUAUUUCAGCCCAAAACCUUGGGAGUGCAUGCACACCUCAAGCAAGAAGUGUCUGCUCAUGUUGCUCGUGUGCAAGGAGAAGCCGCCGGUGCAUCAGAUGCCCCUGCGCCACACAUACCAGACUAUCAGAUACAGAACCCGCCACAAGGCAUCCACCGCAACCGGAUACGUGCGCACCAUCUUCUCCUUCCUGUCCAUUUUCGUGCUUCUCUUCAUGGGUUUUAUAUUUGUGCAUGGCCACCCGAGGUUGCUCUGGCUAGGAAGCCUUCGAGAGCUUGAGAGGAACUGACUUCGUGCGUCCUCUAAAAAAAAAAAUCACCUAAACAUCUGCCGGUUAAACAUUGCGGCAAAAAUAGUUUGGGUUAAACCCACAGCUGCCAUCUGGUGUGAUAUUUAGCUGCUAAUGCAAUGAUAUUCAGACUUUAGUUUUGGGGCUACUGUAUAGAGUGGGGUCCAAAAGUGAAUUCACUAGAGAAAAUGCAUCUAUUUUGCAUCGUUUUAUCAUAUAACCCAACAUUUUUUAUUAUGCAUUUGGGAGAUAUUUUUAUCCAAAACUGCAUUCAAAUAGUUCAUCCAUUCCCAAGGAAUCCAUCGGUGACAUUAGCAUUGUUAGCACAGUUUAUACUGGUCACAAAUCUACAUACUAGCCCAGAAUUAGUACCCCUUUCCUUUCUUUUAUUAUUGUUUUUAAAUCCAGAUAAUUCUGUUCAUAUUCGAGCUAAAGCUUCCGGACCCCACUGUGCGUACAGUUUAGUCAUAGCUGCACUCAUUUGACAUUUACUUGGAAAUUCACUUAGAAAGUCUAGCAGCUAGGUAAAACACGGCCAAGCAAACGCGAUUAUUGGAUGACAUUCUCAAAAUGGUUGCUGGGUGUCGUCAUCCUCUCGCUGUAUCAUACAAUAUUCUGCCUUCAAAAAAAAGAAGACCGCUUUGUCCUCAUGGAUCAAUAGCUUUACUAUAGAAAUCUCUCCGCUUCACCUAUGCAUCCAUCACGGUAAAACCGCGACAAUCUCUUUUUGCUAUCGUCUGUGUGCGCUUUUAACGCGCGUAGCGUAGUUAGUAUUCACUUUACCAACUCGUCCAUCGGAUUGUUGCACCACGCAAAGCUGUGACGAGCGGUAUCUGAUGUACCUAGUUCAGAAGAAAACCUGCAUGACGUUAAAGAAAAACUAGAUACUGUGUUUGGAAACGAAGGUCAGCCGCUUCAGGAAAGCCUCCUUGUUAAUCCAAUCGGUACAGCUGAGUUACCUUAUAUACCGUCAUUUAUCGAGGGUAUAUGAUGUUCCGUUAAAAAAAGUGUUGGUGAACAGCUAUACAAAUAGUUCUCUGUUGACGUGCGGUCACUUUUACAGUUGCUCGACGAAAUUUUGCGGGCAAAUUUUAAAUAGGAAAGGCUUUUUUUCGCCUUCGGCCACACAGAAAGCUGCUUGGUGGGAACGUGGCUGUUGUGCGAGCUGUGCUUUAUAACGCUGACAACCGACCGCACGUUUAGAAAAGAUGUGCGCGACGAAGCAAGCGGGAAUUCGACACCUGAGGAGCGGCUAGAGUUUUGCCGCGUCCUUGCAGGGACAGGACGCAGCCGUAGAGAAAUCAAUGAUAAAGACUCGCACACUGGGACCGCGGCCAAGAGGUGCUUUCGAGUGUUUACUGACCCACUUAUUAAAAACUCUGCAUCUCUCCCAUAGGUCGUUCGUCUUGGUGUCACAAAUUGAUAUGUUCAUCUAGCUAACUGUGGCUUGUUAACUUGAGUGCAAAACGCAACUAGCCCGCUUUAGCGUCGUACUGAAUAUAUCGUACAGAUUGUUUUAGACUUAAUGGCUUUACGAUGAUGAUUAAGGACACUUGAUGGCCUAAAUUUCCUUCUAUUGGGGUAAAGGCCAUUGUCUUUAGAAACACAGAACCAUGCUUGAUCAUGUUCUUAAAGGGACAGUUCGUCUAAAAAUUACAAUCCUGUAAUGUACCCACCCUCGUGGUAUUCCCGAAUCCUCUCGCUUUACUUGUGGAACGCAAAAGGAUUGAUAUUAAAAACAUGAGGGCGUGUAAAUCAUUUUUAGUCACUACUUCUUUAAAUUAUGUGCCUUUACUUCUUAUUUACUGGUUUAUUUAUUGAAGGAAUUGAAGUUUUAAUAGGAAUUACCGAGUGAAUUUUCUAUGAGCUUACCGUUUGAUAUGUAUAAGCUGUGCUGUUGUUUGUAGGCAGAUGUGAUGGAUCAAACCAGGUCUGCCCUCUGUUGGUGGACAAGUGUAGUGAAGCAGUCAGUUGUGCGUAGGGUUCACUUAGAUUUUUGUAAGGAAGGUUUUAUAAAGUGAAUGAGGGGGUAUUUGAGUGAUUUAGACAUGCAAAGGUUAUUUCCAUGAGUGUUAAGGCAGUAAACAGCCAUCAUCUGCUGUUAUCCGUGCUGUACAAAGCAACACUUGUAGAGAAAGUAGUAUAAAGUGCAGUAGUGUUAUGUAGUCACCAGCUUCACAGCUCCUCCUGCCAUUCUGUUGGGCAAUAUAUAUGUCAUUUUACUUUACACAAUGACCUCGGUUUACUGCCUUUUUGAUCCCCGCUGAAAAGACCAACAACAAAAUUUGGGGUCACUGAGAUUUUUUUGGUGUCCUUUUUAAAAGGCAGAAUUAAAUCAAUUAAAUGAAACUGCUUUGAACAUGGAUAAAAAUCAGAAAUGUUUCAGAAAUGCAGGAAAUCUGAUUGAUCUGAUUGGUGAAUAUAUAUGAUAAUGAUUGGUUAAAAUAUAAUGCGAAAGGAGUGGAAUGAUAUUUCACAUUACUUUUUGAUCAAGUCAUUCGUGAACGUAAAAACCUUUUUUUAAAAAUCUUACCGACUCCAAACUUUGAACAGUAGUCUAAACCGCUGGUUAGUGCUUGUCUUGCUGGAAAAGCUGGUGGACAAAGAAAAUCUUGCUGGUCAAGAGACCUGGACGUCGCACCGGCAUUCAAAGCUCAAUACAUGCUGGUCUUUUCAACGGGGAUGAGGAUAAAGAGAGGAGAGAAAAGAUGCUCUUGUCCUCUGUCCUGGUCCAGAUAUUUCAUGAGCCUGAAAAGAAACUCAGUCAACAUGGACCAAACUGUAAAGACGAUCAAAAUGUUCACGUCCAAUGAAAUUGAUGUUUCUGUACCAUUCAGUGUGACCUCCCCUUGUUCUCAUGGUACCGCUAUCGCUGUGACUGUCUGGACCAUCAGGCCUGAUGUGCACAACAUCUGUUUAUGUCUGUUUCUCCCGCACACACACUGGCCCAGUGAUUGCACGGCACUUACCUGAACCCAGUGUUACUGCCUGGGACGACUAUACUUCCCUUAAUGCACUCCAGCCCUCUUAGUAACACUGCGUAGGGUCAUGGGCUUUGUACACAGCCCUUAUAUACUCUGUAACAUGUUUAUUAGAAUUAGAAAAUGUGUGUUUUUACUAUUACGCCUCAAUAAUUGUCGUGAAACUUGUUUGAAUUGUAUUUGCACAUUGAAAUCGUUCUGUUUACAUACAAGAACACACCUCUCGGUUGACUAAUAAAUGAGAAAAAAAAAAAAAAAAAA